UCCCGUCAGGCCGGCCGGCCCUUCGCGUCUCCCUGAGGAGAAAGCGGUACCGCCGCCCCCUUCGGCACCUACCUGCUUGGCCCCACGCGUGAACUCCUCCACGCUGAACUCCUGGUCGAAGUAGAGGCGGAUGAGGAGAGAAUGCCAGUAGUGCUGAAAGGAAUGGAACUGGGCACUUGCAUAACCAAAUGGACAGUAGAUUACCUGAGCAAUGCUGAAGGAUCUAAAGAAGUAAAAAUCCAUGUUUCUGCAGUGCCACAGAUGGACUUCCUCAGUAAGAACUUUGUGUAUAGAACUCUGCCUUUUGAUGUAUUUGUACGAAGAGCAGCUGAAGUCAAACACAGGGAAUACUUUCUUUCUGAGGAUGAAAAGUACUAUUUGCGGUCAGUGGGUGCAGAUGCUAGGAAGGAUAUUGCAGAUAUCAGAAAGCAGUUUCCUAAUUUGGCAGAAGAUAUUCAGAUUCCAGAGUAUUUUGAGAAGGAACAGUUUUUCUCUAGUGUCUUCCGCAUCAGCUCAGCUGGAUUACAAUUAUGGACACAUUAUGAUGUAAUGGAUAACUUCUUAAUCCAAGUAACAGGGAAAAAACGAGUUGUUUUGUACAGUCCUCGAGAUGCACCGUAUUUAUAUUUAUCAGGUACUAAAUCAGAGGUGCUGGAUGUGGAUAACCCAGACUUGGAAAAAUAUCCCCUUUUUGUGAAAGCCAAGCGCUAUCAAUGUUUCCUGGAAGCAGGAGAUGUGUUAUUUAUUCCAGCUUUGUGGUUCCACAAUGUGAUUUCUGAGGAAUUUGGAGUGGCACUGAAUGUCUUUUGGAAGCAUCUUCCUGCUGAGUCCUAUGAUAAGACUGACACUUAUGGAAAUAAAGAUCCCACUGCAGCUUCUAGAGCUAUACAGAUCUUGGACAGGGCCUUGAAAACACUUGAGGAACUACCUGAGGAAUAUAGGGAUUUUUAUGCGCGGAGAAUGGUGUUACGCAUCCAAGAAAAAGCUUAUAGGAAUGAUUAUGGAUAAAAUAACACACUGGGAUCCAGCAAGCUCCUGUGAAAGUAGGGAAUGGUAUGUUAUGGAAACGGUCCAUGUGUAUAUACACACACUUUCUGUAAGACUAAUAAAAACUAUGUUGAUAGAC